AUGCAGCCCACUCCUCCCUUCUCUCUCUCUGUGCCGAGUAAAAUGACCAAAGUAGUCACAACAUUGAAUUACUUAUGGUUAAGCUUACUACUUUACGCUCUUAACAUGCAUGUAAUGGCAUUUUGGCCAGGAGGAAGAUCAACCAGAUUCUAUGACUUCAAGGUGCAAACCAUGAGAACUACUAAGCUGUGUAACACCCAGGACAUUGUGACGAUUAAUGGAAUGUAUCCUGGCCCAGUUGUUUAUGCUCAAGAAGACGAUCGAGUAAUUGUCAGACUUACCAACGAAUCACCAUACAACGCGACAAUCCACUGGCAUGGUGUCCGGCAGAGGCUAUCGUGCUGGUCAGACGGGCCUUCAUACAUUACCCAAUGCCCCGUUCAACCUGGACAGACUUUCACUUACGAGUUUACGCUAAUCCAGCAGAAGGGCACCCUUUUUUGGCAUGCUCAUAUAUCGUGGAUUCGGGGCACUGUUCAUGGCGCCAUUGUCAUAUAUCCAAAGACUGGGGUCCCAUACCCAUUCCAGUACCCUUAUGAAGAGCAUAUCAUAAUCUUAGGGGAGUAUUGGCUGAGGGACCUCAGACAACUUGAGCAGGCUGUUCUGGCGAGCGGUGGAGGUCCUCCACCGGCAAAUGCUUUUACAAUCAACGGUCACCCGGGACCUAAUUACAACUGUUCCAACAACGAUGUGUAUAAAAUUGAUGUGGUCCCUGGGAAGACGUAUCUGUUAAGGUUAAUCAAUGCAGGUUUAAACAUGGAGAGCUUCUUUGCUAUUGCUAAUCACAAGUUAACGAUUGUUGAAGCUGAUGCUGAGUAUAUAAAGCCAUUCACGACAGACCGUGUGAUGCUCGGGCCUGGCCAGACACUCAACGUCCUAGUGACUGCCAAUCAGCCUAUAGGACGAUACUCCAUGGCCAUGGGACCUUACAUGUCAGCCAGGAAUGUCCCAUUCCAAAAUAUAACAUCAAUUGCCUACUUCCAAUACCUUGGUGCCAUGCCAAAUAGCAUUGCUUUACCAGCUCCUCUGCCAGUUUUCAACGAUAAUCUAGCCGUUAAGACAGUCAUGGAUGGGCUUAAAAGUCUUAAUCCUGCUCAAAUCCCAAAGAGAUUGAUAAAAACCUUUUCAUCACUAUUGGUGUAA